AUGGGUGCUGUUUUACAACUCUUAUCCAUGGCAGGAAGUGUCCUUGGAUUUGUCUUUUUAACAUUAUGUAUUGCAUCGGGAUUAUAUUAUAUCAGUGAAAUUGUUGAAGAACAUACUGAACCAACUAGAAGAUUUUUAACUAGAACCAUUUGGGUUAUUGAAAUAUUAUUACUAUUAUUGUUAAUAUUUGAUAAAUUUCCAAUAAAAUUAACAAUUUUUGCAAUGGGAUCACAUAUGUUAUAUUACCAAAAUUUGAAAAAAUUUCCAUAUAUUAGUCUUACAAGUAUUACAUUUUUAUCCAGUUGCAUUGUAGUGGUAAUGAAUCAUUAUUUAUGGUUUAAACAUUUUAAUGAAGUUGAUAUUCCACCACAAUUUCAUUAUGAUCCAAAUUAUGUACCACCAAGGAGAGCAACAUUUUCACAAGUCUCAUCAUUUUUUGCAAUUUGUAUUUGGUUUAUGCCAUUUGCCUUAUUUGUAAGUUUAAGUGCAGGUGAUUAUGUUUUACCAACAACAGUUGAACAAGCUAAGAAGACAGAUGAAAUUACGGAAUUAAAUAGUGAGACAACUGCAAAAUUACGCGGUAGGACUAUUGGAUUAGCAAGAGUAGUAAUUCAUAAUGUACGUAAAUAUAUAUAUUCUGUACUUGCAUUGUUUGGUAUCCAAGUACAACGUGAUUAUGAUAAUCUUGGAAUAUAA